AAAAGGCCUUGGCCUGCGACAUCAUUUUUGUUUCAGAACAGAGAAGGGGUCCUUGUCGGGCUGCGAUACAAGGUGAGGACUGUCGAAUGGCAGAUGUUCACGCUCACCACACCUUAGCUGAAGCCUGGUCCGCAUGACCUCAUCUGGCAACUCGUUGUGCUGGUGACCUGUUAUGAGCCACGGUAGACGUGUCAGAGAGCUUCAGGGCCAAGACAACGGUCUCAAACAGGCUUCAUUGGAUCUUUUUGUUGAGGGAGGGCGUCAUCGUCAUGUGGUAGAGAGACCCGUGAGUUGUAUUGCUAGAUAGUAUCUAGAUAAAUAACGAGCCUCGUCCCAAGGCUGUUGCUUGUAAGGAGAAGACAGAUAGAAUAUCAGAAACCUCAACUUCCAUCAGAGGAUUACAACCCUACUACAUCAAACCUCUCCUGCAAAGUAGCCAUGGCUCUCGAUCGUAUCGUCAGCUUGAUUCUGCGUGCUGCAGAGCUGGUAUUUGCAGCCAUCGUUGCAGGCGUCAAUGGCGAAUACCUGCACAAUGCCCGCGGCGCAAGCUCAUGGCAGCUCGGCCGAUUCAUCUACACUGAAGUCGUUGCCGCACUGGGAAUACUGUUCUCUCUGCUGCUCCUCAUUCCAUUCUCGAGCACUUUUGUUCACUGGCCUCUGGACAUCUUCAUGUCCAUCAACUGGUGGAUCGUCUUUGGUCUACUCGUCGAUCUCAUUGGAAACUCUUGCGGCCGUGUAUUUGACUGGGACAACGUGCAUCCCGUUCACGGAGAUCAGUGUGGGAAGACCAAGGCCGUGAUCGCCUUUAGCUUCCUCUCGGCACUUCUCUGGCUUGUUUCGGCUCUCGUAGGCUUCUUCUGGGUGCGCCGACGCGAGCGUACCGUUGCCCGUGCUGAGGCGGCUCACCAUAACCGCCGCCGGGGCCCCUGGUUCCGCAGCCGUGUCUAAGAGCAGAUGCAGUUAGGGGUGAAGCACUACAGCUCCGCUGAAGAACCUUUGUGAGGGUUACUGGUUACUAGUGAGAGGAGAGGAAGAUCUCAGUUGGCGAUUUGUUGGCCUUGGCGACAUGAUUGGAUUGCGUGGAACAUUCCGAAAUGCCGUGUCGGGUGGGAGCAAAUACGUGAGAUGGGUGGAUUAUUUCCUUGUUUUUCUUUUUUGUUGUCGUUUGAGUUGGAAUUUGGCGUUGGACAAGGCAAAGCAAGCAACGUGAAGCUGAGCGGAUUUGGAUACCCUCUGAUACGAUUGACGGUCACAACAAGUCCUUACUGUGCUUACUUAGUUACUGAAAUUAAUUAAUGUAUACUUUGCUACUAUUUUUGUCUCGCCUAUCGAUCAACGUGGGUACAUUUAGUACUGUAUGAGAUUUGAAACUUGUAAUAGUUGGAUCCUCUUGAUGUAUUUCAACGUCAUUUGUACGAAUGCAAAG